AUGGACGACCACGUGACCCACAUCACACAGACACACGAGACGGUGGAUGUGCACACAGACGACCACAUGACCCACAUCACACAGACACACGAGACUGUGGGUGUUCACAUGUACAACCACGUGACCCACAUCACACAGACACACGGGGCUGUGGGUGUGCACACGGACGACCACGUGACCCACAUCACACAGACACAUGAGAUGCCGAGCCCCGGGCGGGCCCGCGGGCGUGAGCGCGAAGCGGCGGCGCGCGGCCCGCUCCCCGGCCCCGAGCGCGGCGGCUCGCACAGUGGGCACGCAGCGCGGCCGGCGACCGUCCCCGGCGGGCGGCAGGGCGGGCGGGGCCGGCGGCGGGAGGGGCGCGCGGGCGCGGGGGCGGGGCCUCCCCGGCAGCCGCGCGCACGAGAGCCGCGCGGCCGGACCCGCCCGCCCGCCCGCCCGCGCCCGGUGCCCGGCUCCCGCGCGCCCCGCUCCCGCCGGGGAGGAAGGGCUGGCGAGGGGCUGCCCCGGCGGCCGGAGGGGCGGAGCGCGCGCGCCCGCGCCGGCGGGAGGAGGCCCGGUGUCCGGUCCGGCCUUCCUGGGCCCAGCCCCGCGGAGACCCUGGCCGGCUGGGGGCCCCGCUGCGGGCAGCGCUGCGUCCCCCGCCCGCCGCGGGGUCCUGGUCCCUGGCCAGGCUGGGCCCGCCGCACCCGCCCGGGGCUGCGAGGUGGGCCGAGCCCGGCGACGCGCGCGAAGCGGCGCUGGAGGGAAGCGCUGGGCGCCGCUGCCCAUCGCCCCCUGCCUGCCUGGACCCGAGUGCUGGGGGUCCGGAAAGAUCCAGCAGCGGCCGGCCCGGGCCUCCGUGACCCCCGCGGAGGCCGGCGACGCCCCGCCCGCGGGAAGGGGGUGUUCUGCUCCCAGGCGCGCUGGGCGCUUCGCGGGCGCCCAGAGCGGACCCUCCCGCGCCGAGCGCCUCCUGCGUCUUUUGUGCGCUUCGCCGCCCCUCACUGUCCCGCACACGCGAGGAACGCCAGGCCCUGCGGCGGACGCCGGGGAAACAAUGGGGAGAGACCCUGCGGCCCGGGCCGGGUGAGGCUGAGAGCGGGGGCGCUGGGCUGCGGAGCAGACCCGGGUCUCCUGGGGCGAGGCGAGGACCAGCCCCCCACCCCCACCCGCCGUGUCCGGGAAGUCGGCCUUGGCGGGGAGGUGCCCUUCUCUGCCAGCCUGCUGCAUCCGCAGAGGCCGGAUCACGGUGUUGGUGAAACCCAGGCCUCCUGGGCGCUGUGAACUCGUCCCAGUGAGCGGCGGCCCCUCCCGGGCGCCUCUGCCUCCCUCCUGUCUAAUGGCAGGCACCAAGAGUUUGUUGUGAAAGCAGAAGGAGACAAAACGCGGCGAGCAGCCGGGCAGGGAAAGGCGGGCUGCCUGCGCCCUGACGACCUGGCCGGCCCGCCCUCUGCCAGUGCCGUGGUUUUCACCGGGAGGAGCGGGCUGGGGGCGGUGCGGUUCUGGAGUGAUGGUGAUCAAGCCUUCCCUGGGCCAUUCGGCCUAAACCUGUGAUAGAAUCACACCCCCAGCUGAGGGCCGCAGGUAUCUGCAGGUGGGGAGAAGGGUCUGAGGGACACGGGAGUCUGCAGAGCCCCCCCCCCACCCGCAGUGGGAGCCCUGGGGUGCACCUGCCCCGCUCUGCAGAGCCCCCCCCAGCCGGAGCCCUGGGGUGCACCUGCCCCGCUCUGCAGAGGCCCCCCCCCCCGCAGCUAGAGCCCUGGGGUGCACCUGCCCCGCUCUGCAGAGCCCCCCCCCAGCUAGAGCCCUGGGGGUGCACCUGCAGUGUGUUCUCCCGGGCUCCAGUGGUGUUUGGCUACGUGGGCCUCCCUUGCCGUCCAGGCUCUGAACGUCCCUGCUUUCUCACUCACAGAGGUUUACUUAACAAAAGCUGAACGUGGAGUGCACUGAACCAACCUUCACAUCCUAGCAAACAGGGCCUUUGGAGAGGGGACACGGACUCCUGGGCAAGCAGCCCUUGUUAUACAGGGUCCCGGGCCUCCAGCUCCACGAUGCUGUUUUUUGGGCUGACCGCCACUCCUGUGUCCUGCUGGCCCGUUCUGUCGCAGGACCCACGAGGCUCGGAUUCCACAUACUCCCUGGACACGUCUGCCACCGUUCGCUGUCCACGACAACGUCUUGUCCAGACAUUUUUUCAUCUCGGGAGGACACGAAGCGGCUCACAGCACAGUGCACGGGACUCCUAAGUGCCGUCUGCUUCGUGGUGCACACGCUCACGCGCAGCCUGCGAGGGAAGUCCAUGAUCCCCUGACUGCUCACAGCGGCAGCAUCCAGGCUCCGCGGGUCCCGGAGCCCUCGGGCUCCGGAGAGAGCGCAAAGCCAGCUGGGAGGGCUCAGGCUCCCACCCCACCCCUCCCACGGGACCCUCGCUUUCCUGCUCUGAGCUGGCAGGGCCAGUGGGGCUGGGGACUUCUGCAGGGGCCACAGAAGACAGGCGGGGACGAUCCCGGGGCUGGGGGCAUACAGGUCGGCCUCCCAGGUGCAGGGGAGGCGCCCGAGGGCCGUCCACGCCCAGGCCCCCGCAGCAGGAGUGGCCGCUGGUGCGCGUGGGCAGCGCCAGCCGGAUCGGGAGGCGUCAUCUUGCUUGCUCCCGGGGCUGCCGAGACGCCUGCGAGCAUGCUUCCACGGGAACGUGAACCACGGUUUCCUCUCCUGGCGUCCUGGCCUCUGGCUGUUCCCCACCACCAGAAUCCUGGAGCUCCACCCCUCCAGAGAGUCUAAAACAGUUUCCCAAGAAGUCCAAUCUUCUUUUCUGCCCGGAGUUCCAGGCCUCUGGAUUCACUGUGGCCAUCUAUCUAGGAGGUGAACCAGAGGGUAGAAGCUCGUUCGCUCGCUCUGUGUGUGUGUGUGUGUGUGUGUGUGUGUGUCUGUCUCUCUCUCUUGGUAGCAUUGCCUUUCAACCAAAUAGAGAAAGCAUUUCCAAAAAAAAAAAAGAGAAGAAAAAACAAGAGGAGCCAGAGAGCUGCCCGUCCAGUCUCCGUAAGAGAACACAGCUGGCCAUGCCUGGAACAGUCCCCACCAGAAACCCGGCCACGCCGCCACCGCCAUCUUGACUUCUCGCUUCCAGAACCCAAGAAACAGGGGCGCACGGUGGGAGCCACCGGCCAUGACAUCUCAUGCACACUGUGUGAGCCACCGGCCGUGACGUUGUAUACAUGCUGUGCGGGCCACACGACAGUGACCUCCUGUGUGUGCCAUGGGGGCUACUCAGCCGUGACAUGCACACCAUGUGAGCCACCGGCCGUGACGUCGUGGUAGAGCCACCCGCUGACCGAGGCACACAGGUUCCCGCCACCAUUGACGAGGGAGAAGCCAAGGCAGCAUGGGGUGGCUGAAAAGACAGCAAAGCAAAGCUCUGCACUCCGGAAACUUCUCACACAGGUCUACACGAAUGUGCGAAAAGGCUUUCUUGGCCGGCUCUGGCACAGCAAAGUUAAGGAGCCGCCUGCAGUGCCAGCAGCCCAUCUAGGCAAUGGAUCACCUCCGGGCGGCUCCACUCCCGACCCAGCUCCCUGCUGGCAGUGGAAGACGGUCCAAGUGCUUGGGCCCCUGCACCCUGUGGAGACCCAGAGGAAGCUCCUGGCUCCUGGCUUCAGCCUGGCCCAGCCCCAGCCAUUGCGGUCAUCUGGGAAGUGAACCAGUGGAUGGAGCAGCUCUCUCUCUCCCUCUCUUUUCUCUAAUUCUGCCUUUCAAAUAAAUAGAUAAAUAAAUCUUAAUAACUAAAUGAAAGAUAAAACUCUUCCAGCAGGUUAAUGGAUUAGCUUCUCAUCACUAUAACUAAUGCCUGAAACAAGCUAUGCAAAGCUCGUGGUGCCCAGGAUUUCGGAGGGCCAAUUCCGAGAGGGAGCCCCCGUCUGCCACUGGUGAGGCUGCAGGCUGGGGGGGGUGGGUGGAGAGCGAGCAGUGAGCCGGAAGCAGGGACCGCAACCAGGCCUGACCAGGCCUCCUCAAGACCCUCC